AUGGCGUACGUCCAGCGAUUUAUCGCUCGCAAGCUGAACCGCGAGAAGAAGUCGUGGCAAGUCGACCUGACCCGAGAAGAGCUACAGAAAGCUGAGCAGAGUUUGUGGCGUCUUGCACAGUCUGAGGAGUAUCCUGACGAGGUGGCCACUUUGAAUCAGAAUCAACGAGUCCCAGCUGAUCAGCGAGAAUCCCUGGAAAGGUCAAGCAACAUUGUUAAACUCUGUCCCAUGCUGGACGAUGCUGGAGUACUUCGCGUAAGUGGGCGCAUACAAGCUGCAGAAUGUGUCGGCUACGAAACCAAACACCCAGUAAUUCUUCCACGAGAUCACCCGGUGACGACUUUACUGCUGGAAUACUACCAUCGGCGGUUCCAGCACUCAAAUAACGAAACUGUGGUGAAUGAAAUUCGGCAGAAUUUCAGCAUUCCUAAGCUGCGGGUGCUCGUGAGGCUCGUGUCCAAUAACUGCAAGUGGUGCGAAGUAUACAAGUCUACUCCAGUUGUACCACAGAUGGCACCACUCCCGCGAGCUAGGUUGUCCCCAUUCCUGCGUCCGUUUACAUUCACCGGAGUGGACUACUUUGGGCCCUACCUGAUCAAGACGGGGCGCAGUAUUACAAAAAGAUGGGUUGCGCUUUUCACCUGCCUGACGAUCAGAGCUGUCCAUCUUGAGAUCGUUGCAAACCUUUCGACGGAGUCGUUCAAAAAGGCAGUUCGGAGGUUCAUCGCGCGUAGAGGGGCACCUCAAGAAAUCUAUUCGGACCGAGGAACCAACUUCCAAGGAGCUAGCAGUGAGUUAACGAAGGAAAUAAGUUUGAGCAUCAACAAGGAGCUGGCCAGUACGUUCACCGAUGCUCAUACUCAGUGGCGUUUCAAUCCCCCCGCGGCACCGCACAUGGGAGGCUCGUGGGAGAGGAUGGUGCGUUCCGUAAAAGCUGCGCUAGGAGCGAUACCGUUGGAGCGCAAAUUGACGAGGAAUCGAUGGCGCCGAUCAGGAAUCGCUCACGCCGAAUCAUUUUUACUCAUGAGUUCGAGCGGGGUUCAACAGCCGGUGAAGGAUCCGAUGUGCGAAGGCGCGGCUUUGAGGAACAGCUGGAACCAGAUCCAGCACACCUUAGAUGAGUUUUGGCGACGCUUUGAGCUGAACCACAGUACGAACUAA